UGAACAGUAGGUGGCGGUAUAGUCUGGAGCUCUUUGCGAUCCGACAUGUUUCUUUUAAAGAAGAAGAGACCAACCCUUUGAGCUCAGCUGGCGCCAAAGAACAACACAUUUUGAGAGCGUUAAAGUUAUUUUCAGCUUCCAAGACCGUCGAUGGAGACGUCGGGGAACAGCCAGGAAAUCAUCAUCCUCAGUGACGAUGAAGACGAGAAAGACGCUUCCUGCCUCAUCGUGGAAGUGGAAGCCGCGAAGAAGACCGAUUGUGUUUUACCUGCGAGCUCUCGGGAUGAGGACCUGGUGGUGACCUUCUCCCGCCGGGCUGACGUGCUGCCCCACGCCCGCUACGACUGUCCCGUCCACCCUUUUACGCCUGCAGAGUGUGAAACAAAUGCCCCGGUCGCCCAUAACCAGCUGAUCUGUGACCAGUGCUUCUGCUACAUCUGCGACAAGCUGGCGUCCUCGUGCGGUAUGUGGUGCCAUAGUGGAAGGUGUCACUGCAACAGCCACAAUAAAAGCGACUUCUGGAAGAGCAUCAGAAACGCCGCCCUGCUGGGGGACCUGCAGCGGUUCAACCUUACACUGUCGGAGGUCGACCAUCAUCUCCGCAACGCAGACACAAUGUUGCAGAGCUUCCGACUGGAACUGUCGGCUUUGUUCCUGUCCAUUACGCUGGAUCAGUCGCGGCUGCCAGAUUACAAAAUGAACCAGCAAGAACUUGAUGCCAGGUACGGGCCUGUGUUUGAGCAUGUGACGACGUUCCUGAACAAAGCCAAUAAACAGAACAGCCGGGCUGCGGCCAUCAUGAAUCUUGGAGCUGCUGAAGAGUUUAUGAGACAGUUUCAAGUGUUGGGGUUUAUGGGAUCGUCUUCGACAACCAUUUUUGAGACUAUACUUAUGUUGCUGCACAGGGUCUUAUCAGAAGUACAGAGACUUAUGGUGAUGUCUACUAUUACUCCAGCAUUUAUGCACAAAUUGCAAUUUUUUUACCAGAAGAGAAUAUGUUUCCCUGCUGAAAUGAGGUACCUAAAAAACAGUCUGUGUGUCCGACCCUGGGACGACGUUCUGCUCGUGACGGUGCUGAAGGGGCAGAACGUGACGGGCGUACGCAGGGAUAAGGGCAAGAAGGACGUCCUGUCUGAGACUAUUUCUGUGGUUCUGCUGCGAACUGAGCUGCUUCAGCAUCAGUCCAGGUACAGAGAGCUGUGUCGAUAUCUGCGAGUCGUCCUGACCGAUAACCCCAAACUCUUUCAGCCGAUCCAAGACCUCAUCCCUUUCUUCUUGUGCAAGAUGGGAGACUUUGCGUCGGCUAUGAAAGGUCUCUUCCCCUCAACCACCUGCCCAGUCCCCGCCUCCCGCUUCAGUUCGGCCAUUUUCCUCCUCUAUCUGCGGAUAUUUUCAACGGCGACCGCUCCAAAGCUGACGGUCACCCAGCCUGAGCAGCUCUGCUUUUCCGAGGCGUCCUGGGAACCAAUAAAAGAUGCUGUGCCACUGAAACCGCCUGAGCUGGUAAAGUUUGGUCUCAAGGCCCAGAGACGCUCUUUGCCCGUCUACUUAGACCCUCUGUGUUGGACCACUUUACUGAAAGACGUCUGCUUAUCGACGGCUUUGCCUGAACCCCCCAACCAGUUUUUGAACAAAAUGCAGCAGUCCGUUCCGGACCUCCUCCGUCCUCACAUCAUACAAAUUCCUGCCUCCUUUUACGCGGUGUACCCAGAACACGCCUUGCUGCUUUUGGUGACGGGGGCUUUAGCUAUCAGAAUCCUUCAGUGCCCUUUUAGACCGGUGUUGCCUCUGUUCAAAGCCUAUGAGGGCAACAUGUGGGCCUUUCACUGGCUGUGUGAAAGCUUGUCGUCAAGUGAAGACCAUUACAACGCCUUUUUUAAGGAUCUCUCGCAGGAGGUGUCAAACACACCAGGAAUUACAUUGGACUUUACAUUCAAGCCCUCCCGACAGAAUUAUCCAAAGCUUCAGCCUUGAAGUGCCUCACCUGUCUGACCUGGAUUAUCUUGGUUCUGGUGAACCCACUUCUGAAGAAAAGGACGGAUGUUUUUUCCUAUUUCUUUUUUUUUUUUUUUUUUUUUUUCACAGCACCGCAGCAGUAAAGCUGACAAACAGUAAACUGGUGCCGUCCUUCGUUUUACAUUUGAGCCACUAUGGACGGCAGUCAGUGGAAAUGUCCAUCAGGUGCCACAUCUACACAGCCCUCUGAAGUUGUCCACAGCACAAUUAGUGGUCAAACAAAGGGGGGGGGGGGGGGGGGGGGGGGGGGAGGGGAGCACUCUUUGCUCUUUUUCACUUCUGUUACUGUUUAUUUAACCAAAUAUUUUUGCACUAAAAACGAUUUUCCAGUUUCUGUGUGUAAUUUAAUGAAACCUUUCUUUUUUUGUGAAAAUGAACUGUACAAUAACACUGGUUUUCCACCCUGAACCGAAGAUGUUUUGCUUUAUGAAGUUUGUAAAUCCUUGUCACAAACAACCAAUCUAAGCAAUUUAGGCAAAAAAAAAAAAAAAAAAA